UCAUGAUAACAUACUGGGACCAGCACAUGACGUUAGACCUGCUACAGGAAGACAUGAAGGAAAUGUGCCACUUUAACGAGGACCAACCCUUCACCAUCAAGUGGGUGGACGAAGAAGGUGACCCCUGUACCAUCUCAUCCCAGGAGGAACUAGAUGAGGCCAUCAGAUUGUACGAACUCAACAAAGACUCUGAGCUCUGCAUACACGUGUUCCCCAAUGUUCCAGAGAGGCCAGGUCUCCCCUGUGUAGGAGAGGACAAAUCGAUCUACCGGCGAGGGGCCCGAAGAUGGCGCAAGCUGUACCGUGUCAACGGGCACGUGUUCCAGGCCAAGCGCUUUAGCAGGAGAGCGUUCUGUGCAUACUGUGCAGACAGAAUAUGGGGCCUGGGUCGACAGGGGUACAAGUGCAUCUCCUGCAAGCUUCUGGUGCAUAAAAAGUGCCACAAACUGGUCAAACUAGCCUGUGGUGGGCCCAUGGUUUCUAACCGCACCCCCGACUCAUCUGUAGCCAUGGUUAAUACCCUGUCCCACCAGGAGGCACCGGCACACAACCACUCCACCUCGCUGCCAUCCAUCGACAAGGAGAACGAUGAGAACAUCCCGCCCAAGAAAACUAAGAGCACAAGCCCAGCGUCCAGAAGAAGACACCGGGACCUCUCACAUUUCAACGACUAUUCCGAGGCUGUCGGGAGAGAGUCGUCGAAGUGUUCCCUAGUCUGCCCCCUGCCCUUCUCCUACUCCACACUAUCCCUAGGUAGUGCUGCCUAUCAGAGAAUUGACCAGGAUGAGGAAGAUGAGACGAUCGUAGACGAUCAGCCUCCUCUGGACCACUCCGAGGUAGAGUUAGUGGAGCAGGAUGUAGAGGAACAGGUGGUAGACAAACCCGAGAGUAACCAAGACCGACAAACUGACCAAAACCAAAACCAAAAUCACGACAGCGGUGGGAAGGAGGUGGGUGCACCGCCCCUGGGGGGUGGGGAUGUCACCUGGGGGGCGGGAACAUCUUUGGGAAAGCCGCAUGCAGGGCUAGCUUCCUUCGCAGACCUCAAACGGGCUGGCUUUUAA